AUGGGGGAAAUCAGGGAAAAGCUCUGCUUAUGCCUGUUUAUUGUUUUUGUGGUGUUUAUUCAACAGAAAAGUUAUGGUGCUGCUGUCGAGGGUGGAGAUACUCUUUCCUUGGGCGCCUCGAUUACUGGAAAUCAGACAAUAAUUUCAAAGAAUGGCACAUUUGUAUUGGGGUUCUUCAGUCCAAAUGGAACCAAUAACUGGUAUAUCGGCAUCUGGUAUGCCAAUAUAACAGAGAAGACGAUCGUUUGGGUGGCUAACAGGGAGACUCCCGCGAGAAACAGAUCUGCCGUUUUGAAACUACAAAAAGGUGGUGAUCUGGGACUGUUGGACGCAACGGGUACAUCUCUUUGGUCGGUCAAUGUGACCAAGAAGCCUUCCCAGGCUGUGAUAUUAGAUUCUGGUAAUUUUGUAAUGCUUGGCGAUGACAAUAAAUCUGAAAUUGUUUGGCAGAGUUUCGACAAUCCUGUGGACACCUGGUUGCCAGGGAUGAUGUUUGGUGGACAGCUAAAGCUAGUCUGUUGGAAAAACUCAAUGGAUCCUGCUCCUGGGCUUUACUCCUUUCACAUGGAUCCAUCUGGGGCCAAACAAUUCGAGUUAACAUGGAACAAUUCUGUACAGUAUUGGGAGAGCGGGACUUGGGACAACAAAAGUUUCAGUGACGUUCCAGAAAUGACAAGCACCAAAGGCCUCUACGGUCUCAACGUUGAAAGUGGUAGCUCUGGUUCAUAUUUCAGUUAUACAUUGCUGCCUGGAAUCAAUGCGCUCUCACGUUUCACACUUACUGUAUCGGGAGGAAUGCAAAUGUAUGCUUUGUCUGAUGGCAGUAAUUGGAACGCAUUCUGGUCUCGACCCAGAGAUCAGUGCGCCAUAUAUGGUAUCUGCGGCGGUUACGGAACAUGCAACUUCAACAAUCUUCAAUUCUGCAGUUGCCUGGAAGGCUUCGUCCCCAACGACAAUCGCGCCUGGAAAUCGAAAGAAUGGUCGAGUGGCUGUGUUCGGCAGAGCCCGUUAAACUGCGGUGACAUAAAUGGGAGCACUGACGGAUUCAUUAACCCUAGUGUAAAGUUGCCUAAUUAUUCCGCUUCCUCCUACCCUGCAUACACGAGGAAAGAUUGCGAGAAAGGGUGCCUCCGCAACUGCUCGUGCACUGCGUUUACUUUCAAUCCGUCUUCAGGAUUCUGCCAAAUCUGGACCGGAGGUUUAUUAAACAUGCGUAGCUCUCUUCCAUCAGAAAGCGAUUCAAAUGUUUUUAUUCGAGUAGAUGCCUCUGCAGUUCCGAAGACCAAUGAAUCGUCAUCCUCCAAACGCAAAAUAGCAACUAUCGUAGGCGCAGCGCUCGCUGCGGUCGUUGCACUUGCAGUUGCUUUGGGUAUAUUUACGUUUCUACUCAGGCGAAGGCAGCGAGUAGUACAACCACAGAGGUGGGCAGAGUCCUGCAACCCUUUGCUCAGAGCGUUUACUUACAAGGAGCUCAAGACUGCGACUAGGAAUUUCACAGACAAGCUGGGAGGCGGCGAAUUUGGCUCUGUGUACAAAGGUUCUCUAAGCGAUAAUACUCAGGUGGCCGUGAAAAAAAUUGGGAACUCUAGGGACGGAGAGAAACAAUUUCAUAAAGAAUUGAGCACAGUAGGGAGAUUAGAACAUCAGAAUCUGAUCGAGCUCCGAGGGUUCUGUUCGGAGCAGUCGCAGAAUCUGCUGGUGUACGAAUACAUGCCCAUCGGAUCCCUGGAUUCCUUCUUAUUAGACAAUUCUAAAGCCCGAUCCAAGGUCUUGGACUGGAAGACCCGCUUCCAAAUAGCCCUGGGGACGGCAAAGGGGAUUGCUUAUCUGCAUGACAAGGAAAUUGUGCACUGCGAUAUAAAGCCCGAGAAUAUCCUACUUGACGGGAAGUUCAACCCGAAAGUUGGAGGGCUUGGGCUGGCGAAGAUAGAGGGCGUAGCUUUCAGCCACGAAGAGACGUUCAUCAGAGGAACGAGAGGUUACCUCGCUCCCGAAUGGAUGUCUGGCCUGCCCAUCACUGCCAAGGCUGAUGUCUACAGCUUUGGAAUGACGCUGCUUGAAAUCAUUGCGGGGCGAAGGAAUGCGGGUCUGAUCGUGGAAUCGAGCAGUAUGUUUUUUCAGGCUUGGAGUGCAGAGCAGGUGAAAAGGGGAAAUCCUUUACUGUCUGAGGAUGGAGAUUUUGUUCAUGGUAAUUCAGAGGGCGAGGAGAUCAGAAGAGCUACCAUGGUGGGUGGAUGGUGCGUUCAACAAAGGGAUGAGGCCAGACCCUACAUGUGGCAGGUAAUCAAAUUUCUUCAAGGUCCUCUCGAUCUUCAAACAUCACAAGCUCUGCAACUUCUCCUCGACGGAAAAGGACAUCAUGUUUUAUCUUAG